AUGGAUGCUGCUAAAGUUGAAUUUAAGGGCAAAAUGUACUUAGGUGGCAAGUCUAAAAAGAAGCAGGCCGGCCAUGCUAAAAGAAACGAAAUAGCCAGACUCACCGUUGAGCAAGCUCCUGAUGGAGCUGCUUCAGCAUGGGUCGAGUCUGGCUGGCACAAGAGUGACCCGGCAGUUGAAGGUAGUGACCAGAGAGAACACUGUACCGUGGACUUCAAAGACGAAGAAGGUAAGACUUUCAUGCGUGGACAUGUUUACAGAACUGUUCAGCCUCAAAAUGAGCCGGAUACUUAG